AUGGUUGUACCAGAUUUGAUAUCUGAUUCACUAUAUGGGCCUGUUGUAUUGAAAUUUGAUGCUGAAAGUCAAAUGUUCUUCCACUUGUAUGAUUUUGGAAUUGGGUGUGAACCUAAGUGCUGUAUGCAGCAUCUGACUGUGUUUCAGAAUUAUGAGGUUGUUUCCUUAAAUAGCUCUUGUGUUGCUUCAAAGCUGGAAAAAAUCAAUCCUAAGUCAAAUCGAUGUAGUAAAGCAAUUAAACUUUUAGCAUGCAUGAGCUUUAGCUCUUGGCGUUCUUCGGAACCUUGGGGUCAUAAGGCUGGAUUUCUUUGGUGGCAAUAUAUGGGUCGAUACAGAUUUUAUUUUACCUUUGAAGAACUAAAUGCAAGCCGAAAUUCAACUUCAGCUGCAAAAGGAGUGAGGACACCCUAUAAAUGCCAGUAUUGUCCGAAGAUCUUCCCAUUCAAGUCCACGCUGAAUAUACAUGAGCGAAGUCAUACUGGAGAAAAGCCAUUUCAGUGCGAUAAGUGCCCUCAAAGUUUUAAACGAAAAGACAGCUUGUUUUAUCAUAAAGUCAAAAAUAAACACAUAAUUUAUUUUCUUAGUAAGAAUGAACGCAAAUGGAACUCAGGAACUCAGGCAACUAAUCAGAUGACGAUCGUCAUUUCAAUUGCUCAUGAUUUGUCAUGCCAUCAGAAAUGGAGCUUAAAUAGACAAGAAUUCUGUUGCCGCAAUGAAGCAUUCUUAUCUAAUUUGGACUUGCUGCCCCGCUGGUGUGGAGAGGAGCCAGCUCAGGGGCCGCCCUCGUCAUCUGACCGUAUACAAAAAUUGAAAGAAGCUGUCUGUGAACAAAACCUACAUCAAGUUCUGAUGUCACAUGUCAAUAAAGGCAGAUGCCACAGCUGUCCCCACUGCUCCAGGUCUUUUCCAUGCAAAUCUAAAUUGAAGCGGCACAUUCUUAUGCACACAGGAGAAAAGCCAUUUAAAUGUUCUGUUUGUAAACAAAGUUUUAGACGAAAGGAAGGUUUGAGAUAUCAUCAACAUGAAGCACAUAAACGCAGUCUGAGUAAAGGCAAAGUCCACAAGUGUCCACAUUGCCCAAAACAUUUUCAAUUCAAAUAUCAAGUGACUCAGCAUUUGCCCGUACAUACUGGAGAAAGGCCGUUUCGAUGCCCUAUUUGUAAUCAAAGCUUUCAACGAAAAGAAGGAUAUUAUCUUCAAAUACAAAUGAAUGAAAAGGAGCAAACAUCUCUACCAAGAAGCCGUGGAAGGCCUAGAUCAGAUGUAAUCAUUGGAAAACACCGAUGUCCAUUUUGCGCGAAGCAAUUUUAUUCGAAAUUCGAAUUAGUUCGUCAUACUCGAGUGCAUACUGGAGAGAAGCCGUUUGGUUGUGAUUUAUGUUCCAGGUGCUUUAAAAGUAACCAUUCUUUGAAAUACCACAAGAUACAAGUGCACCAUUCGGAGAAGAAGUACUUCCUUGUAUAAAACGUUUGCAUCGUGUUUUGUUUAUUUUACCUUUGAAGAACUAAAUGCAAGCCGAAAUUCAACUUCAGCAGCAAAAGGAGUGAGGACAACCUAUAAAUGCCAGUAUUGUCCGAAGAUCUUCCCAUUCAAGUCCACGCUAAUUAUACAUGAGCGAAGUCAUACUGGAGAAAAGCCAUUUCAGUGCGAUAAAUGCCCUCAAAGUUUUAAACGAAAUGACCGUUUGUUUUAUCAUAAAGCCAAAAAUAAACACAUGUAAAUGUGCGAUCUACUGAUGAAAUAUAAAUAUUUCUUUUAUUUUAUUUUGCUUUCUAGUUGGAAGUACAAAAUUAUUUUUAUAAUCGCAGCUGUUGUCACCAGAACUCGAAUUACUGCAGGUGUUUUUAUUGCUUACUCGUAUCACCAUAUAUCUAGAUAUCUUUUACAUGCAGCCUCUGAAAUUACUUGUGUUCGAAUGGAGUUAUAUGUG